UGCAGGAACAAAUGGAUGCCCGGCACUUUCCAAGUAACAACAGCCAAAAUACAAAUGAUAGUAGCCUAGAAGCAUGCAAUUCUGCAACGCUGCAGCUUUUACAGCAUGAAGAGAAUGAACGGCAAACCUCAGAAUGCCAUGACUUGGGAAACAGAAAGAAAAAAAAUCGAAAACUAAGAUUAAGAAGGGGCCACAGAGUAGAACCUCUUAAUGGUGAGGACACUGUAGCCACCCACCUUACACCACCAGCAGCUCUUCUGCCACAGAACUGGCUUCUGUGCCUUUCACGAGAACCAAAUUUCUAUGGAAAGCCUCUGCCCCCUCUGACUGUAAGCCAGUGACUCGACAGUGAUAGCCGUGACCUGAUUCACCAGACCUGGUUUGGAGCAGAAGGCCUUGGUGCUGCCUUCUUCCAUCCGCAGCCUGCUAUGAAAAGUGACCGUCUCGGGGGAACACAGCCACCACCAGCUCCUUCAGCCUCCUCCGUGGCCGGCACCACAGGGCUGACUGUACGGCCGUUCUGCCCAUCUCUAGGGGACGAGGACAAGCGGCGCACGUGCGCCCAAACCAAACGGCACCCCGACAAAAGGAGUACAAAGCCAGAAUCUAGCCCUCUUAGGCAAGCUAUGUUCAACCAUACUUCAUAA